CACCUUGGCCCUUUCUGUGCACCAAGACUUCAGGACGUUACCUCUGCACCCUCCUCCCAAAAGGCAUCCUCAACGCCACGCGAGUUAACAUCUCGUCGUCGCCAUGGCAAUAAGAACCAGUUUGCACCAGUAAAGGUCAUCCUAUUGCGUCCCCUCGGGUAUAAAGCCCCGCUGCUCCCGGCAACUCGAGUAGACCCGCAGCAAAGGUCGCCGUCACUGGGACUCCCGACCUCAAGACAUUCACAGACGUCAUAAUUCGUACCUUAUUUCACAUUAUCACAUCCUCAGACACUGUCACUACCUCCCUCUUUCCUCUGGUCACAUCAGAUUACUUCAAUAAACAUCGUUCUUCCUAAUUCUAAUAAAGUGUUCUCAUCUCGCCUUAACCGAACCAUAUUGACCUCUCACCAUAUCCAUUUUUCUGAGUCAAACAAGUCAGCAUUGUCAGCAAUCAGACAAUGCUGCAAUUCGAACAGCCUUUAGUACAGCAGGUGUGUGCAUCGGUGUCCAUAGGCCUCUUGCUAUCAUGCAGCCUAUCCACUUGGGGUUUCCCUGCCGUCUCCCUGCCCAGAAUGUCUCUCCCAGACUCCCCUAUCAAAUUUACUCCGAAUCAAGAAAGUUGGUUUGCCACUGUACAGUUGCUGAUGUGCGCCCCCGGGGGCCUGCUUGGCGGGGUGCUGUGUGAGAGGCUGGGUCCCAGGAAGCUCCUCCUCCUGCUGGCCCCUCUGAUGUGGGCCUCGUUCGCGCUCAUGAGCCUGGCGUCGUGCGAGGUGGUGCUUCGGACGGGCUUCCCGGAGGUCUUCCUCCUGUGCUGCCGGGUCGUCCAGGGAUUCGUGGGGGCUCUGAUAAAUCCAGUCACCUAUAUAUACACAUAUGAAGCCAUCGGAAACCGCCUUCGCGGCACCCUGACAGGCCUGCUUGAUGGUUGGUCAUCCCUGGGAAUGCUCCUGUGCUACGCCUCUGGUUGCUUCCUGUCCUGGGAGACGGUGGCGCUGCUCGUCCCGUCCAUCACUGCGAUCCCCGCUUUCUGCGGCCUCCUGUUCACGCCGGAGUCCCCGAUGUGGCUGGGGAGGAAAGGCAAGGAGGAGGCGGCUCGGGAGGCGCUGACGAAACUCAGGAGCGCCGCAGAGCUCACGGAGGAACUGGAAGUCGUGAAGAACACCCCUGCCGCUGAAACGUCUUUCAAGAAUUCACUUCGGGAAGUUUGUCAGAAGCCGAAUCUUUUGGCCAUGUUUGCAGCGGCGUUGGUGAUCUUCACGAAGGAGAUAAAUGGCAACGCUGUCGUCGCCAUUUACAUCGUCCACAUUUUUCAGUUCGCGGGAGUGGGUUUGGAUCCCAACCUGAGUUCGGUGAUGGUCGGAUCGGUUCGCCUGGCGUGCAAUUGCGUCGCCGUUGUCCUGAUGCACAGUCUUCGACGCAAACCGAUGCUUUCCAUCGGCACCGUCCUCACAGCCCUCUCGGGAGCGUCCAUGGCUGCUUUCUUUUACCUUCAGAACUCGGACUACGAUGUCUCCUCGCUCGGAUGGCUUCCCAUAAGUGCUCUCACCGCGUUUACGAUAGGGUACGCUACCUCUGUAGGACCUCUCUGCUGGCUUUUAUCUGUGGAAGUCCUCCCAGGCCCCGUGAGGUCCAUAGGCUGCGGCACCACCAACGCUUUCCAGGCCAUAACCGGCUUCCUGAUCUCCAUGAGUUUCCCGGCUCUCAAAGCAGCCAUUGGGAUACACGGGGUUUUCUGGAGCUACGCGGGAAGCACCCUCUUGUGCAUCGUCAUGGUCGUCAUCUACAUUCCUGAGACGCAAGGAAAAACUUUGAAAGAGAUCGAAAAUUACUGGGGAAAUAUGUGUAAAAAGUCAAAGAAAGAACUUCCAGUGUGAGUGAAUCAAGAGGCAUGAUUUAUGAAAUGUUUAUAAAACACGAUUUUUUAUGACAUGCAACGUAAUGCAUCUCCGUAUGAUAUUCUUUUUUCAAUAUGUAUCUAUGCAUUUUUAUACUCCUUAUAUCAUUUCAGUAUUCUUUUCUUAUCACGAGGCCUUAACUUCAGGGAAAAAUACAGAUAUUAUAUAUAAUGAUUUAUACUUAUGUUUUUAUAGAUUUUGUAAUUAUAUUUUUUUAAUAA